AUGUUCAGAUCGAGUAAAAUUGAUCAUAAUCAUAAACCAAGUUAUCAAUAUUGUCUAGAUAUUGUUGAACAAUAUCAAACAUUAUUUAAUAUAAAAUGUUUUACACAAAUUUCAACAUCACUUAUUGAUUUAUAUUACAAAUAUGGAGAAUUAAAUAAUUUUAUUCGUACUAUUUCAAAUACACUUGGUAUUAAUAAUAAAAAUAAAAAAUUAUUAAUUAAAACUUUAGAAAAAAUAAUUGAAGAUUCAAAAUUCAAUGAAAUGUUUACAUUUAAAAAAUUAACAAAAAUAAAAGAUAUGAAUGAAGCAAUGAAAAAAAAUCAUUCUUAUGAUAAUAAUAUACUUUAUUAUCAUCAAUUUAUUGAAGAAUUAGCUAAUUUACUUGAAGUAUCAAAAGUUGAUCAAAUAAUUCCAACUAUUAAAACACUUAAAUUACUUGCACAUGUUGAUAUUGAACAACAAUCUACUAGUUAUUUAUCACGUAUAUCAGCAAUGAAUGUACCUAAUCAGACAUAUUCAAAUUCACUUCGAACAAACCUGUCUACUUAUAAUUAUGAACAAUCGAUUGAAAAACAAAGAACUGAAUAA